AUGUGCGGCCCACCUCCUCGCUGGGUCACAACAUCAAGGACCAACCCAGAGUCUUUUAACUUAAGCAGGCCAAGCCAUACCGCAAAGACCCUGGGCCAGACACAUCGCUACAAUCCGGAGCAGGAAGUAGGAGGAGAGCAACCCUUAUAUCAGCACGGAGGCCAUAGCAGGCCAGGAACCAGCCAAGACACCACCUGCAAGGAGGGCCCACAGGUAUGCCUAUCGCCGCUAUGGAUCCUGCUACGCCACGAGCCCGCUGCGCCACGAGCCCGCCAGACCGAGCCAGGUGCACAUUGUCGGCUGAGGUCAGAGCAGCUAGGGCUCCGGUCCAAUGACCAGAAAGGAAACUUCCAAAGCCCAGUGAGCCUCCUGCGGCUAAGCGAGGCUCCAAGUCCCGAGUAG